AUGGCAUCUGUUAAGGGAAAAUAUGACCAUCUUCCUCUGUCCAGCAAGGGACCCCUAAAGGUCCCGCUGUCCGGGCGGCUGCUUCUGGACAGUCCUUUUUACAACAAAGGCACAUGUUUCACGAUACAAGAGCGUGAGGACUUUGGUCUCAAGGGGCUUCUUCCCACCAACAUCCAGAAGCUGGACGAACAGGUGACAAGAGCAUACCAGCAGUAUUGCAACCAGCCCGAUGACCUCCAGAAGAACACCUUCAUGACAUCGAUGGCGGAACAAAACAUCGUUCUGUAUUAUCGACUGAUCCAGGAUCAUAUGAAGGAGAUGUUCAGCAUCAUUUACACACCGACUGAAGGGGAUGCCAUCGAAAAUUAUUCGCGCAUCUUCCGACGGCCAAAUGGUUGUUUCUUGAGUAUCAAGCAUCCUGAUGAGGUGGAAGAACGUCUCAGCAGAUUUCUAAAUCCCAAUGACCCCGAGGGUGGAGUGGACUACAUUGUCGUGAGUGACGGAGAGGAGAUCCUAGGUAUAGGCGAUCAAGGUGUUGGUGGUAUAUUGAUCAGCGUUGCAAAGCUAGCUCUGAUGACUAUCUGCGCUGGUCUCCAUCCGAACAGAACACUUCCAGUGGUGCUUGAUACCGGAACCGACAACGAAAAGCUCCUCAAUGAUUCUCUCUAUCUUGGUCACCGAUUCAAACGUGUGCGAGGCCAAGCCUACGACGAUUUUGUCGAGAAAUUCGUGAAGACAGCAAAGAAACUCUAUCCCAAGGCCUACAUCCAUUUCGAAGACUUUGGCGUCACCAAUGCACGGAGGCUGCUUGACAGAUACCGCAAUGACAUGGCGGUGUUCAACGACGACAUCCAAGGAACCGGUUGUGUGACCCUAGCUGCCAUCAUGGCUGGUCUGAGUAUCAGCAAGGUUAAGUUGAGUGAACUUCGCGUGGUCAUCUUUGGCGCUGGCACCGCUGGAUGCGGUAUUGCCGAGCAGGUCCAAGCUGCCAUAGCGACAGAAGCGAACAAAAGUAAAGAUGAAGUAGCGCGGCAGAUCUGGUGUAUUGACAAAGCAGGUCUUUUGCUCGAUAGUAUGGGUGAUGAGCUUUCGAUCGCACAGAAGCCCUUUGCUCACAAAUCGUCUGAGUGGAAAGGCAAAGACACAAAAUCCCUACAAGCGAUCAUCGCCGAAGUCAAACCGCAUGUUCUUAUUGGCACAUCAACUAAGCCGAAUUCUUUCACCAAGGAAGUCGUGCAAGAAAUGGCACAACACGUUGAACGCCCCAUCAUUUUCCCCUUGAGCAAUCCCACACGUCUGCAUGAGGCUAAGCCAGAGGAUCUCAUCAAGUGGACCGACGGCUGUGCUCUAGUUGCUACUGGUUCCCCAUUCCCACCAGUCGAGCAUAAUGGCGAGAAGAUUGCGAUCGCCGAAUGCAAUAACUCCGUCUGUUUUCCUGGGAUCGGACUGGGAGGAGUUCUGUCUCGGACCAAACUCGUGACAGAUAAGAUGCUUGUGGCGGCUGUUACGGCAUUAGCAAAGGAAGCACCAGCACUGCAAGAUCCCUCGAAAGCACUCGUUCCCGACGUCGAAGAUGCUAGGCGUAUCAGCAUGAAGAUAGCGAUGGCUGUUAUCCGAUCCGCCGUGGAGGAAGGUCACGCACAAGAAACCGAUAUUCCUGUCGAGAGUGACGACGACUUGGAGGAAUGGGUCAAAGUUCAGAUGUGGGAUCCUGAAUAUCGAUCUUAUGUCCGGAAAUAG